AUGACGAAUGCUCAGUCGCUUUCGAGCGUCACUUUGACGAAGGGAUGGCAGUUCAAGCAGACAAAUCAUGCCGGCGAAGAUGCUUGGAUGACUGUUGAAAGAGUCCCUACGAAUGUUCAUCUGGAUCUCAUUGAGCAUGGAAAAAUACCAGAUCCAUUCUUGGGUUUUAAUGAACUUCAAGCUGAGUGGGUCGCAGACGAAUCAUGGACAUACAAAGUCGAGCUCCCCAAAGUCCAAGAAACAAAAGAUGGUGUGGUCCAUGUUUUGGCAUUCGAUGGACUGGACACCUUCGCCAAAGUCAAACUGAAUGGCAAAAUGAUCCUCGAAAGUGAUAACAUGUUUAUUCCUCAUCGAAUCGACAUCACAAAAAAGUUGGAGGUCGGCGCAACCAAUGUCCUGGAGAUCGACUUUGCAUCGGCGAGACUGGAAGCCAUCAAAAUCAAGGACCAGCACCCUGAACAUAAAUGGGUGGGGUUCAAUGGCGAUAUGGCUAGACUUGCUGUGCGUAAAGCGCAGUACCACUGGGGUUGGGACUGGGGUCCAAUUUUGAACACCUGUGGACCGUGGCGUGAGGUUAAGCUGGAGACGUAUCAGUCGCGAGUCGAAGACCUUCGGAUAGACUAUAAGCUCGACAACAGCUUGAAGACGGUACAAGGAACCAUAUCGGCGCGCGUUGAGGGCUCAGCUGCACAGAAGGUCACGUUCGCAGUGUACGAUGGAGAUCGAAUGACUUUCAAGGAAUCUGCAAACAUCAACGAUGGCAUAGCCAAAGUGGAGUUCCACGUCAACAGCCCCAAGCUCUGGUACCCGCAUGGCUAUGGCGAACAGCCUCUCUACAAGAUCACUGCAUCGGUUUCGAUAGGGGAAAUUGAGGUGCAUCAAGUGUCGCGUCGCACUGGUUUUCGCAAGAGCGAACUAAUUCAAGAACCAGACGCCAUUGGAAAGAGCUUCUACUUCCGCGUCAACGGUAUUGACGUCUUCUGCGGAGGCUCAGAUUGGAUCCCUGCAGACUCUUUCACACCCAGAGUGACCGAGGAAAAAUACAGGAAGUGGCUCGAGAUGAUGGUGGAUGGAUAUCAAAUCAUGAUCCGGAUAUGGGGAGGCGGUAUUUGGGAAGAAGACAUCUUCUACGACAUCUGCGACGAGCUAGGCGUUCUGGUCUGGCAAGAUUUCAUGUUUGGCUGCGGCAACUAUCCCACCUUUCCGUCCAUUUUGCAGUCGAUCAAGGAAGAAUGCGUCGCCAAUGUCGGCCGCCUAAGACAUCAUCCAUCCGUCGUCAUAUAUGCAGGCAACAACGAAGAUUACCAGGUUCAAGAACAGUGUGGAUUGACAUACGACUAUGAAGACAAGGAUCCGGAAAGCUGGCUGAAGACGGACUUCUCGGCUAGGUACAUCUACGAGAAGCUUUUGCCCGAAGUUGUCGAUGCCGAAAGCCCACACGUGCCGUACCACCCCGGCUCGCCCUGGGGUGAUGGUCUCAGGACUUCAGACCCCACUGUGGGUGAUAUGCACCAGUGGAACGUAUGGCACGGCACGCAGGAAAAAUACCAGAUCUUCGAUACGCUAGGUGGUCGCUUCAACAGCGAAUUCGGCAUGGAGGCCUUCCCGCACAUCGACACGGUCCGCUACUACUGCACAGAUCCGACGCAGCUAUACCCGCAGAGUCAUAUGCUUGACUUCCACAACAAGGCAGACGGGCACGAGCGAAGGAUUGCGACAUACUUAGUGGAGAACUUCCGUACCAAGACCGAUCUAGAGGCCUUCAUCCACCUCACGCAGUUGUCUCAAGCAGAAGCACUGAUGUUCGGAUACCGAGGGUGGCGUCGACAGUGGGGUCAGGAUCGUCAUUGCGGUGGUGCCCUUGUGUGGCAGCUCAACGAUUGCUGGCCUGUGACGUCCUGGUCAAUUGUUGAUUAUUUCCUGCGGAAAAAGCCUGCAUACUAUGCGAUGCGCCGGGUGCUCGCGCCCGUUGCCGUGGCAGUCAAACGGGCGCACUUCGAUUGGAGCGUCGUGCAUGCGCGAGUGCCCAAGACCAGCGAUUACGAGGUCUGGGUUGCCAGCCAGAGACAGGAACGCGUCCUAGCUACUGUUGAGCUCAGGUUCAUCAGCAUCAAGAGCGGCAAGGAAAUCAAAGACAAGGUUGUGAAGAAGGAUAUUCAUCUGGUUGCAAAUGGCACGACCGACGUUUUUUGUGGAACAAUCGACAACCGGAACGAGGAGCCGCAUGUCCUGGCUGUUCGAAUAUGGAUCGACGGGGAAGUCGUUUCCAGAGACGUUGAUUGGCCUCAACCAUUAAAGUACCUCGACUUCGAAGACCGCGGCCUGGAAGUCAUACCGCAAGGUGAGACCAUUACUGUCCGGGCAAGAAAGCCUACGAAAGGGCUCGUGUUUGAAGAAAGGGCUGGUGUGCUGGUGCAUGACAGCGCCAUCGACGUCGUUCCCGGCGACGAACAGGUCAUCAAGGUGAGGGGCCUCAGCAAGCAAGACAAGCCACUAAGGUGGACAUUUUUGGGGAAGGAUUGAACCAUGCAUCUUGCACGCAGGAUGCGGGAAAUCACAGUGGAGCAGGACACCGAAAAUUGUGUGAAGGGUGGUAUGAUCAUGCAUGGCCGCCUGCGAACUAGUUGCUGUUUGGGGACAUGUAAGCAGAACAGAUGGUAAAGAUGACGACGCAUGGCAGGAAGCCACGUAUAUGCGAAAAGUCCGAUGUCUAGCAAAUAACAGAAUCGAGGUCCCGUAACUUGAAA